CGCAACCAAGCCAUGUCUCACUACGUCAACCAAGCCACCCAAACAUAUAUAGAAGGCCUUGUCCACGAUCCUGCUCACACGCCCGCGCCUCUUGUCUAUCCUCAGUACCAGCCUGACAACACCACCCCUCCUCAAGAAGCCGACACAAUGGCAAUCGACAAGAUGCAUCUCUCCGCCGAGGCCAUCAACAAGUCUCUGGCCAUUCCCAAAUACUACCCCAACCCGGCCAAACUCCUGCGCAAGCAAAACCGUCCCAGGCUCGAAACCAGAAUCUCCAUGCCAGAAGUAACCCGUUCCGAAUUCGAAACCCCUCUAUCCCCGCCACCCACCCAGGUCGCCAUGUCACCGCUCCCAGCUGCCAACAGGCUGCACGCAGGCCACACACCCAUCAUCCCCCGAGCACGAUCCCCGUUACCAGACAUCAGCUCUCCAGCAACCCCCGAUCCAGAAUACGAUGUCGACAACGGUCUCUCUGGACCCUUGACGCUGCCGCCUCAGCCCGGCGAUGGCACCGAGGAUACAAUCUCGCUCAACGUUCUGGACGCGCAGCUCGAGAGGUUGCGAAUGGAACAGGAAAAGAAGAGCGCCCCUGCCCUCGUCAAUCAAGCAGAUGUUCCGUUUUCCCCGCUAUCUGUUGAUACCUCGGCUCCGCUCAGUCCAACUGCCCACGAAGUCGAAGCCGUCGACGGCGUUUUGUUGAAGAAACCUCGCAUCAAUUUCGGCGCGCCUCUCGGCCAGGCGUAG